UGAAAUGUCGUCAUUUUCGGUAUGACUUUAUUUUGUGUAUGCAAGAGAGAGUGAUUUAAAUCGUGCACCAUUCUAUAUACUAAAAGCGCAUUUUGUCAUACGCUGGUGUAACAUAAAGUUCCAGCAGAUUUUUACUUAAAAAAAAGUGCUGUACACACAUACACUUUUUUGUUCGUCGUAGCCAUUGAUGUUUUUCGUUUUUUUGUUGUUGUGUUGAAUGGCAGCAUUGAGACCGUUACAAUUUCAUGUGUUGUGCAAUUUGGAUUUUUGUACACGUCGCGACGUGAACACCACAAGAAGUGAAAAUCGUCACGUUUAACCUAUUGACCGUUUCGAAAAAAGGCUUUAAGCCGUUUUAAUUAUGUAAUAAAUUUGUACGGCAUAACUGUGUGAUGGUGUUUUUGUGCUAAAAGGUUUCGGUUUUUUAUUCCGACGAUAUACUGUUAUUAUUAGCGUGUUGUUCAUGUUGUUGACCAAAAAUGAGCUAAAUUUAGCAGUAAAAUGAGCUGAGCGCUCGUCAAUGAUAUCUGAGAGAGUGAGGUGAUACGGUUCAAAACAAGACAAUUCAAUUUUAGAGUCAAUUUCAUUUUGGUGCAUGUGUAUGGUUGAAGUGUUUCAAAGAACGGUCUGGAUACUGCAGUUGAAGCAGAGAUUUAAAGUAUAUAAAAGACAUUUUUGGUCAUAGUUUCCUCAAAGCAUUCAAAAAAUCUUUUGACAAUUUAAAAUAAUGGAUGAAACCACAUGCCGUAAAGCGAUUUUCUAUGUGUUUAUAUCGUGUAUUUUGUGCAUUGCAUAUGCACAACAUCCCGAUGGAAUGGUUAUGCUGAAGCAAGGUGCCGUUAUUGGUUUGAAAAUUAUGACAAGAACGGCCGUUUAUUCAUACUUGGGCAUUCCAUACGCUCAAUCACCGACCGGCAAUUUGAGAUUUGCCGCACCCAAACGUCAUUCGGGCUGGGGAAAUCGGACAUUGCCUGCACGCGAUUAUAAACCAAUUUGUCCGCAACUAACCAAUUAUAUGUUUGAUGAAACGCACAACGGAUAUGCACCGCAUGCAAUAAAAACCGAUGAAGAUUGUCUUUAUGUCAAUGUUUGGUCGCCACAGUCGGCGUUACGUGGUGGUAAUCAUUCAGUGCUUGUGAUUAUAACGGGUGAAGAGCAAGCAUUCGAUUGGGCACAAAAUCGUCCGACCGGUCUGGAUUUGGCUGCCGAAGGCAUUGUUGUUGUGACCAUUCAAUCACGAACAAAUAUCUUUGGUUGGUUAAGUUUACGUAGUCCAGAAGCUCCUGGGAAUUUGGGUUUACUCGAUCAACAAAUGGCAUUCGAAUGGAUUGAAGAGAACAUUCAUAAAUUCGGUGGCGAUCCGAAACAAGUAACAUUACUCGGACAUGGAACAUCCGGGGCGCCAAACGCAAUGCUUCAUUUGACCAAUCCAAAAACGGCCACACUGUUUGCACGCAUGAUUGUGAUGUCGGGUACGAUUUAUUCAUCAUGGUCCUAUCAAAAUGUCGAUGCAUCCAAUAAUUUAACCACUGGCAAUGAUCUUUCAUGGGCCAUUGUUAAAAAAUUAGCAUGCAGCUCGUCGCACAUUAAAUACAUUUUAGAUUGCCUACGACAAAAAAGUGUUACCGAUUUAUUGAAAGCAUUCGAACACAUUUAUGAGCAUGGAAAUUAUACGAAACUAUUGGGACCACAAAUAGAUACCUAUUUACCGAAAUCAAUUCAAUAUCUAUCGACCGAUCCGAAAACUGUACUUGAACUCGGUGAUUAUCCAAAUAUACCAAUUUUGAUAGGAAUAACCAGCAAUGAAGGUGCUUUUAUUCAAGAAUUGUGGCUCGAAUUGGCGCGUGAAGGAUAUGAACCGUUGAAAAAGUAUAUAACAUCAUCUCUAUUGCCGAAUGUGCUAUCUCACUAUGGUUUUGAGAAUGGUGCAACCGAUCAGGUGCGUCGAAUGAUAUCAUGGCGUUUCUUCGAUCGUAUUCCUCAAACUCCGUCAUAUUUAUUGAAUGCAAUGCAACGUUUAAUAUCGGAAACAAAGUAUGAAACACCAUUUUUAGAGACAAUUGAACGUUUAACAAGUAAUCAUACGUUAAAUACGUCAAUUGCAAUGAACGAUACGGUUGCUAUUGAAAGUGCUGUACAACGUCGUGCUCAAAAAACAUUUUACGUCUAUUCAUUUCAUCAUUCGAAAUCGAUAGAUAUUCGUGGUGCGACCAAUUACUUUGGUGGAGCUGGUCAUACAUCUGAUUUAUUGUUUUUAAUGGGUCCAAGUCUCUUUCAGCAAAUCAGUCGACGAAAAUUAACGUCAUUGGAAAUGCGUUUAUGUCUUCGAAUGCGACAUUUGUUCAGUGAAUUUAUAAAAAUGGGCAAUCCAACGCCAGGACGAAUAUUUGAUGCAUGGCGUCCGUACACAUCAAAGCAAAAAUUUGUGCAAAUUUUAGGUGAAACAUCGCUUACAACCGGCAGCGAUAUGAGCGACAUUCCAUCGUCAACAAUCGCUGAAAAUGGCAUGUUCACGGCUGAUUUGGAGAAAAAUUCGGUUGAAAUCGAAAAUAUGAUUCAUGGUCAAGCUCGUGUUGUGUCCUCGAAUAUAUUGAAUCCAUAUCGUAUUGGUAAAGAAAAUCAACCACAAAAUCCAACCGAUUCGGCUCGAAUGUCGAAAAGUUAUUUGGGAGUUUACGAAACGUCCGAAUACUUUAAUGCAUUGACGAAAAUCAAUUCGUUUUGGAUGGACCUGUUACCGGAAAUGAGUACAUACUAUGAUUUGCGCUUGUUCAAUUACACGAAUGGGAUAUUUUCGCGUGCUGAUUUCGAUGAUGAUCCAUUGUUUAUUGCAAUGGCAGCUGCGAAUGGUUCAAAAUUUAAGCACGCCUUCUUUUCCAUGUUAAUUUUAGUUUGUUUGCUGUUGGCUGUAUUGUGCAUUUGUGUAUACAUUUUGAAAAAGAAUCAACGAAACAUCGAUACAAGUUUCUUAUGACAAACGUUUCCCUUUCGAUCGAUGUGCCAGGAUGUCGAUCGAAAAAUCAUCAACGCUUCAACGCAAAUGACCAACGGCAACAUGGGUAAAUCAAUGCAUAUGCCACCACAAAAUGAAAAGAAAAAUUUCUUGCAAUUGCUUGGGCAACGUGUGCGUAACAAAUUGCUUAAAUGUACUGGAUCGGAUCGUGACACAGUCGAUGGUAUCACAACAACCGCCAAUUUUGAUUAUCGUUUCGAUCGCAAUUUUGAAAUGAGACCAAAUCACAAUUUAUCACAACCACACCAACAUCAUGGCGAAAAAAUUCAAAUACGAAAUUGGCGAUAUCACUUAACU